AUGGCUUCGAGACCUACCGUCACCAUCAUCGGCAAGGAUGGCAAGUCCUCCGGCAACACCCACACUCUGCCGGCCGUCUUCCUGAGCCCUAUCCGCCCCGAUAUCGUCCAGGAGGUUCACAAGGGCAUGGCCAAGAACAAGCGCCAGCCCUACUCCGUCAGCGAGAAGGCCGGUCACCAGACCUCUGCUGAGUCUUGGGGAACUGGUCGUGCUGUUGCCCGUAUCCCCCGUGUCUCCGGUGGUGGUACUCACCGCGCCGGUCAGGCCGCCUUCGGUAACAUGUGCCGUUCCGGUCGCAUGUUCGCCCCUACCAAGACCUGGCGCAAGUGGCACGUCAAGGUCAACCAGGGCCAGAAGCGCUACGCUACUGUCUCUGCCAUCGCCGCCUCCGGCGUUGCCCCUCUCCUCCAGGCCCGCGGUCACCAGGUCUCCAACGUCCCCGAGGUCCCCCUGGUCGUCGACUCUGCUCUCUUCGAGAACGCUGCCGUCGCCCACACUGCUGCUGCCGUCUCUCUCCUGAAGACCGUUGGCGCCGCCGACGACGUCGAGAAGGUCAAGAAGUCCAAGAAGCUCCGCGCCGGUAAGGGCAAGCUCCGUGGCCGCCGCUUCCGCCAGCGCCGCGGUCCCUUGGUCAUCUACGACCCCGAGGUCGACGGCAAGGAGCUCGUCACCGCUUUCCGCAACAUCCCCGGUGUUGAGACCUCCCCCGUCACCGCCCUCAACCUCCUCCAGCUCGCCCCCGGUGGUCACCUCGGCCGCUUCAUCGUCUGGACCUCCGCCGCCUUCAAGUCCCUGGACACCAUCUACGGCACCACCACCCAGCCCUCCGCCCUCAAGAAGGACUUCCUGCUGCCCUCCAACAUCGUCUCCCAGAGCGACCUGACCCGUCUGAUCAACAGCUCGGAAACCCAGUCCGCCCUGAACGAGCCCAAGGGCUACGCUCUGACCCGCCGCUCCGCGGUCCAGAAGAAGAACCCCCUCAAGAACAAGCAGGUCAUGCUCCGCCUGAACCCCUACGCCUCGGUAUUCUCCAAGGAGGCUGCCCAGAAGAAAUAA